AUGGGUAAUUUUAAGGGCCACGCCCUGCCUGGCAGCAUGUUCCUGGUGGUGGGGCUGUGGUGGGCUGGGAAGUCGUCCUUCUGGUACGCCACCCGCAGUAAGCAGAGUGCAGCACACCUGAGCAGCAGGGCUGUUCAGCGCCGCCUAGAGGUCAUUGAGGGCGCCACCAUUUUGUCUUUCUCUGUGAUUGGGAUGCUGGCGGAACAGUUUUCUGCACACGGGCCACGGCUGCAUCUCUAUGACUACGCUGAGCGCCAGUGGCACUGCCUGAUGAACUGGCAGCAUGCCACCAUGUACCUGUUCUUUGGCCUGGCAGGGGCCGUGUCUCUGACCGUCCAUGCCACCGGCUCUGCCCCGCUCGCCCUGGACCGCAUGCUGCUUGGCGUGGCAUUCUUCACUGAGGGGUUUCUGUUUCUGCACCACCUGCAUGGGCGGGCCAUGCUAGACGCACACAUUCACCAGCUGCUGCUCUACGCCGUGUUUGGAGGGGCGGCGACCGCGUGCCUGGAGGUCUUCCACCGGGGGAACGUCCUGCUGGAGCUGCUGAGGGCCUCGCUCUGCCUGCUGCAGGGCAGCUGGCUCUGGGAGAUUGCCUUUGUUCUUUACCCGCCCAGUGGGGUGGCAGAGUGGGACCUGAAGGACCACAGCAACCUGAUGUUCGUCACCAUGUGCUACUGCUGGCACUUUGGCUUCUCCCUCCUCACUGUGUCUGCAGUGUACUGCACUGUGUGCUGGGUGGUACAGUCUAAGCUGAAGAGGACUCAACCAAUGGAACUGGGACUAUUGAAAACCACAGACAAGGAGCAGGAGUCCGAAGAUGAGAUCUAGUGUCUGUCCUCACAUAAAAACACAUUAAUGCACACAGACACACACACACACACACACACACACACACUUACACACUUCUGCAUUCAUGCAUACACAUUUGCUCAAGCACAUCACUGGAAAGUGGGUCUCAGGAUGAGAAGAGCCAAUCAUCUGUCCGCUCCUCUGAGUACAGGGUUUGUGUGAGAGCCCUCAGACACUGCCUUCAUGCACAGGGUUUGUGUGAGCGCUCUCAGAGACUGCCUUC